AUUCAACCAAAUUGAAUGUUCUAUAGAGAACUUUUCUUUGAUAUUCCGCUUUUUUUAACAAACGACAUCUCAAGGACAUGACAAGCUAUAAUCGAUAAUCUGGUUCCCGUCUCCUCCUCUGCACUGCACUUCAAAACUAAAGGUUUAAAGUGAAACGCAGUGUUGGGGGCGAGAACCAGACAAUUCUAAGCUUUCUACUGCGCACGCGCAUCUUUUGUGUUAUAAAUAAGUUUCUGCGCGGGCAGAUAUCAAACUUCCUUAGUUACUGUGGAAGCUAGCUGCAUAUUUGCAACGCCGGUAUUCUCACAAUCUGCAAUCAGUGUGUAGUAGCCUUUUGUCAUCGUUUAGAGGAUCUUGUGUACUCAGCAUUUAUUGUUUCAUCAGUUUGGGAAUUCUUAUCAAGCAUCGAACUAGAUUUUUCAAUUUGAAGAGAAUUCGAGAAUUAUGGAAAGUGCAGCCUUGAGUGGGCUGCAUUUGCAAACUCCGUAUGUUUAUUCCUGGAUUAAUACGUUACCAUCACGUAACAGCUCUCCACCAAUUGAGAAUAGAAACAGCAACAAUUCUCCAACCUCACAGAGUGACACCACUUACAGUGGGCAUAGUUCUCAUGCGUCUUUAAUUGAGGAGGCCAGUGCUCCCAGUAGGGCCUCUUCCUUGGAGGGCUCCCUAGCCCAUGAAGUCUUUAGCCAGGGACCACGAUCCACCAUAGAAUCUGGGGGUAGAAGCAGUGGGAUGACUGGAACCAUCUCCCAUUAUGAGGGAGUUGGUUCUUACCUACAUGAUAUUUACAAGCAGAAGAAGAUAUGUGAUGUCUCCUUUCAAGUGGGCAAGGUCCUCAUUCCACUUCACAAAGUUGUACUGGCAUCACAGAGUACACUUUUUAAGGAAAUUUUUGAAGCGAAGGAAUUUUCCUCUGAUCCUGUCACCCCAAAGAUAAUCAGGGUGAAGAAUGUUGAACCUGCUGCCUUGGAAAUCUUCAUUAACUUCUUAUAUACAGGUCACAUUGAGGUUAAAAAUUCGAAAUUUAUACCUGACAUCCUGAAGUUGUCGGAGAUAUUUGAAGUUGAAACACUUUCAAGGCGUUGCAUUGACGGAUUGAAAAAUAUUAGCAAUGCAGAUCUUCUUAAUUUACUACCAGUAAUGAGGAGAAACAAGAACAUCCCAAUGUGCAGAACUAUCAUGCAACUGCUGGGCAAAAACUUCAUGACCUGGAGAAAAACCAAAGACUUCCUAUGCUUGGAUGUAGAGACUGUCUGCCUAAUUCUCUCAGACGACAGUCUGAACGUGGAAUCAGAAAUGGAGGUUUUCUUGACAGCCGUGGAUCUCCUUAAGCAUAUUGGAGCAGACUGUAUCGAAAAGAUAAUGGGAUGCGUCAGAUUCCCAUUGCUUACUGGAGAGCAGCUUUUCUCCUGUUUCAAAAUCUGUCCUAUGCUGAGAGACUACCACCAGGUGAUAAUGGACAUCACCUUGGCAAAUUGGAUUCAGACUUCCUUGUCUCUGGGUGGAGAAGACCCCCUGGAUCUCCAAAUUCCUACCCCUCGCAGCCACACCAACAGUGCUACUAGUGUAGCCAGCUAUAUCAGUACUCAUUCUAGCACUGAGCAGGUUGAUGAACAGGAGGACCCUGAUGUUGAGGUUGAAAUAUGUCGCAUGUCAGAGGACAUGGCCCGAGAUUUCAACACACACGCCUACUUGCACAGUGCAAGCUCCUCAACCAUUUCCAAAUUUCCCCUCAUUGAACAAUACAGCAAUUCCAAAUUGGCCAGAGAUUGCAGCAUGUUGGGUGAUCCUGGAGAGCAUCAGAGAAUCCAAAAGGAAAUGCUUGCUAGAGAGAAGCAAAACAUUUCUCCAGAUCAUCAUGAUAAGGAGGUGCAAGGCAAACAAGGGCAAGACAGGCGCAUUCUCCAUAGCUUGGAUAUAGGAAUGGGAGAGAGAUUUGGCCGAAUCCACAAAGAGAAGAAGAGGGACCCAAACAAGUCUACCCGUAAGAAAAAGAAAAGGGAGGUGGAAAAGAGAGAUUGGGAGCAGACCAAUCAGGAGGGAAAACUCUCGGACGAGAGUGACCAGCUCCGGAAAAAGGCAAUGGUGUGGGGAGGCUCCCAGUGGUUCUUGAUUGGUGGACCUGGGCAUGAUGGAAGCCCCUCCAAGAAAGUCAAGGCAUACAGCUAUGAAACCAAGCAAUGGACCUCCCUCGCUCCAAUGAAUGUUGCUCGUAUGGACCACACACUAUGCCUCCUGGACGGAAUGAUAUAUGCUAUUGGAGGCAUUGGUAAAAGGGGCCGGGUUCUAACCAGGGUUGAAUGUUACAACCCGAAAACCAACUGCUGGUUCUAUGUGAAGUCCUUGCCAGAGCCAAGGACUGGAGCCUCAGCAAAUACAGAGAAUGGCCGCAUUCACUUGUCUGGGGGGUACGGAACUCUCAAUGAUGGCCAAGUAUCAGACUUCAUGGAUACCAUGGAAAUCUACAAUGUGGAUGCUAACAAAUGGACCACUGGAUUCUAAAGCAUGGGCCAUGAAUUUAUUGAACUGAAGUUUUAUGUAUAGUUUUGUGAAAAGUUUAAAGUUUUGUGCUUUUUAUUGUGUAUUAAAAUGUUGUGUUUAAAUGGAUAAUUUGCAAGCACUGCAAUUAAAGCUUUUUUGUAAUGAUUUUUUUGUAAUAAAUUUUAUGCAUCUCA